AUGGCUCUCCCACCAGACCUCGAGCAUCUCAUCCUCGCAGACUACGUUGUUGACGAUGACAUAACCCUCCAAUCUUGUGCUCUUGUAUGCGGGCGAUUCGCCCUUUGGGCCCAGUCCCGCAUCUUCAAGCAAAUUCACAUUGGUCUCUAUAUCCCAACUGAUAGGAAGCUUCGGAGUGGCAUCGGCCCUCGUGUCUCCUGGUUGAACCGGCUUACGCGGCUCAUGAAUAUUCUACAGGCCUCUCCUCACCUCGCAUUCCACGUACAGACAAUCAAACUCGAAUCCAGUCCUCCGACAUUCCUCGAAUUGCUGGCGUCUAGGGAAUGGCCAUGUCUAAAGGUACUCCACCUUGAGGGCAUUCCAUCCAAUAAAGAUAACCUGAUGUUGGGGAGUCUGCAAUGGCUUGUCGCUUCCCCCAAACUCUCCCAUCUAACGCUCAGUUUCGACUCCGGAGCAUGGAGUGCCAGCUACUUCCGCCACAUCGUUGCCCAUUGCUCCCCGACUAUCACAGAUCUAUUUUUACAUGAUUGCCAAAACAUUUCUCGCCAGUCGACAGAGUUCUCGUUUAUCGGCCCUGCGCCAAAGCGAAGUUCGUCUUCCCCUAAAAUCACGACACUGGGUCUUGUUCGUUCUGCCGAUGCGGUGCCAGUCCUUCGCGAGCUGAAGAGUCCCCUCAAUUUGAAGGAAAUACGUACACUGAGCUAUGAGGGUGCUUUCCCUCCAGACCCUGUCAAACCCGUGGGCCUUUUUUGCCCCGGAAUCGACCAACUGAAGAUCGUCUCGAGAGACCAAACAUUGGGCGUUCAAUUCAACCUCAACCAUUACCCCUUCCUCCAGAAGAUCGAGGUCGCGUUCUCAACUGGCCAUCCUGCCCACGGAUGGCGCUUCUUUUCUGCAAUGGACGAGAGAAACUGGGUAACUGAACUGGCUCUCACCUCUCCGCACUACGAAUGGCAAUGCUUUGGCGAUGGUGAUUACCCCCGCAGCUGCCCCGGCCACACCUCCGGACUGCAACUCGACCGAGUCGCACUUGCCAAGUUUCCUCAUCUCAAAAAAGUGACAGUCCAAGUAUACGACAGCCUCGGAUGGACUUGCACCUUUGACCACAACGUGAUUUUGGGAUUCCUUUAUAAAUCGCUGCCCGGUUUGACGAAACGGGGCAUGCUGUCUGUGGUGUUUCUCCCCCUUGCCGUCACAUCCCCGGAACCCGCUAGACGCAGGAAAAUGCGAGAAACGUACGACACGUCGUGGCAGCGGACGACCGCCGAAGAGUGGCUAACUCAAAAGGCGUAUUAUAAUUAG